GUCCGGCAGCCCCCAGCCCCCAGCCCCCCCGGCCCGCGGCGCCGCUGCCCAGGGUUGUGCGGUGUAUCCGGCGCGGGGCUCGCAGCCGCUAACGCGUCCCCUCCGUGUGCUCUGCCCGCAGGCGGGUCCUCAGGAUGGACAUCAGGCCGAACCACACAAUCUACAUCAACAACAUCAACGACAAGAUCAAGAAGGAAGUUUGGUCACGUGGUCGACAUUGUGGCUUUAAAGACCAUGAAGAUGAGAGGACAGGCUUUUGUUAUAUUUAAGGAACUUGGGUCGUCUACCAAUGCUUUGAGACAGCUCCAAGGCUUUCCGUUUUAUGGGAAACCAAUGCGUAUCCAGUAUGCAAAAACAGACUCUGACAUCAUCUCUAAAAUGCGCGGGACUUUUGCUGAUAAGGAAAAAAGGAAGGAAAAGAAGAAGGCCAAAACUCUGGAGCAGUCAGCAAAUGCACCCAAUAAAAAGGUUAUCCAGGGAGCAACACCAAAUUCAGCUAAUGCCCCAGGGACUGCACCACAGAAUCAGGUGCCUGAUAACCCACCAAACUAUAUCCUUUUCCUUAAUAACUUGCCUGAGGAAACAAAUGAGAUGAUGCUGUCCAUGUUAUUCAAUCAGUUUCCUGGAUUCAAAGAAGUUCGCUUAGUGCCUGGGCGCCACGACAUCGCAUUCGUGGAGUUUGAAAACGAGAACCAAGCAGGAGCUGCUCGAGAUGCCCUCCAGGGGUUCAAGAUCACUCCAUCUCAUGCCAUGAAAAUCACUUAUGCAAAGAAAUAGCUGGGUGCUCCUGUAAAGGAGUUCUGUGGAUAGGUUUUUUUUUUUUUAAAUGAUGAUAUUUUCAUCAGCUGCCAUGUUUGCUGUUCUCUGCAAAAAACAUAAGACUCGUGCAGAAUUGCCACAAUGACCAGGACAGAUGUAGGAUUUCCACCGAUCUACUGGAUAGUAACUUUUUCUGUUGAAAUACUAAUUUUUAUAAAAUAAAAUAUAAAUAUGCUGUUUUCAAGCCA